AAGUUAUUAUCUUUGUGAGAGUAUACUAGAGUGACACUUUGACACAGAGACGUUAAACAUGCUUCGAUUCGUGACUCUGCUUGCAGCGGUGCUGUAUGUAUCAGCCGCACCGAACCCUAUCUCCAACGUGCUGAAACUUGACUUGGAUCCUGAUGAAGCCCAGAACUAUAUUAACAACCCGCCUUACACCGAGCCUCAGCUGGUUGGACGCAAGGCUGUUUUACCUCUGAUCAGGUUUGACGACCCUAGGUUUCGCUCUGUUGAAGCAGGCCCGACCCUUGGUCAUUACUGGAGGAAUGGAGAGGAGAUCACGAACCCAGAAGAUUACGUCGAAGAGAUAUAUGACGCUUCCCAAUACCACGGUCAGGACGGUCGAGGUGCAUACGCCUACGGAUACGAGACCCCGGAAUCCGCAAAAGUAGAGGACCGCGCAGGAUCCGGCAAAGUCAAGGGAUCAUACACCUACAAGAGUGGCAACGAUAUCAUUAAGGUUACUUACUGGGCCGACAGCGAGGGCUUCCACCAAGAGGACAACCUUCCUAAAAUCGAGCUGAAACCUGCGGAAGAGACAGAGGAAGUUCGCGCGGCGCGUCUCGCCCACGAGAAGGCUUGGCAGGAGGCACGCGCCGCCGCGCUGCUGUCACCGCAGCCCCAGGGUGAAUACGAGCCAUCCGCAUCCGAGCAGCAAGAUUCCGUUGUGGCCGCGCCGUCAGAAGCACAGUCGCGCGAGGGCAAAGCGUUGCCGGCUUACGGACAGCAGUCCUACCCACAACAGUCCUACCCACAGCCAUCCUCCACGACGACCACAGAAGAACCUGAGCCUACUGGUCCCCCACGUGGUUUCUUCUACAGCUUCACAUACCCGGUCUCCAUCAUAGUUCCCAAGGACAGCGCACAACCUGAACAGAACUACAACCAGGACUUCAGACGCGCAUAAAUUUGUUAACAUUUGGACUAAUACCUAUGACAAAUUGAAAGUACAAUGAAAGUGAUAAAUAAAACACUAUUGUUUUAAGUCUGUAUUAUUAAAAAAAAAAUAAGGUGGGGAGAGACAUUGCCUAACUUGAAUUUUGAUUUAUCCGUUGCGACAUUUAUAUGUACUUACAAAAGUUUGAACAUGACAUAUAUUUGCACUAGUUUUUUUCCGGACCGAUACGACUUAGGAACCUUCAAGAAAAGAGCCUACCCCUUUUUAAAAGGCCGGCAACGCAUCUGCGAUUCCCCUGGUUCCCCUGGUGUUGCAGUUGUUCAUGGGCGGCGGUAGUAACUUACCAUCAGGUGAGCCGCAUGCUCAUUUGCCCCCUCUCCUAUAAAAAAAAAGUUUAAUGAAUAAGCGUUUGUCCUUAUUCAAGAGCUAUAUUGACCACAAAGUAAUUUCCAAGUAUUUUAUUUUUAAUUCUACGUAUGUGUCACUUCAGAGAAUGGCCAAUAAGUUUAGUAGUUACGUGUUUGAGUAAAAAUAUCGAAACAUCUUAACAGACAAUCACAUUUAUAGAAUUAGUAUUGUAAUGCAAUUUUUUUAAGUGAUACGAGUAAUAAAUAUUGAAUUACUAACACCAAUUUACAUUUAAUUACAGCUUGGUAUGCAAUGUCUAGUUUCACCUUUUAAUUUCUAGUGUUUAUAUUUCUACAUGUGUAAUUAUAGUAAUAUCUAAAAGUAAGAUUUUGCAAACAUCUCUAUUAGUGAUUUUUUUUUCAAAGACCCGUUGAUUGGAACGAGAAGUGAAUGGAGCGAAAAGUUCGCAAAUCGUCCGAAUUUUUUAUGUGAUACGUUUCGUUUAAGUAGCGAACAUAAGGUUAGGUUACAACGGUCAGGAUCAGGGUCGAUCGAUUUCUAACUGUAGCGUCGACAAAAUAGGAUUACUGCGUUGCCAUUUUUGUUGCAAGUAGGUUAAGUGAGCUAUUAUUGACUCUACAAUUGAAGUGAAUAUAUUAAAUCAAUAAAUAAACCUAAUUACAAUUGAUCGUUUUAUUUUUCUAUACUGCACAUGAGAGCAGUGAUGAUGGAUGACGCUCUUAAUGGAGAGCUCAUACAGAGAACUAAACCCCUAUUAGUGUUGGAGUACUAACAUAGUCAUUAAGUUUUUAUGGAUACUAACACCUAUACACCCUUAUGUUGUCUAAACCGUUUAAAUG